UUCUGUCAGCUUUAUGCAUAAGCCGCACAAACCACCCAACCACCACAACAACUAGUUUCAGCUCCUAAGAUAAUUAAUACCCAAGUGUUGGUUAUGUGUCAACCCUAUUCUUAGAGAUCUCCAGCAAGCUACAACUACUAAAAACCCCUUCGGAAAGAGUUCUUCUGCUUCUUCCGCUCUGCUGUGGGUCUUUCGGAGCUUCAGCAGCUCCCUCUUCCGAAUCCCGUCUGGCCGAAACCCCAGUAUCAUCCGCACUACGAUUCCAGACUUGUCGCAGGCUUGAAGACAAACCACAGGCGCCGCCCUGCGUGUCGAAAUAUGUCGUCAUCCCAUCGAGCACCCCGAAGAAGCACAUGAGAUAUGCGUGCACAAGGGAUGCGUGGUCGUCUAUGCCAAGAGAUCUCCAAGGGGACGCAAAGGCGAUAUAACUACAACAAUUCCAAUUCAUAAUAUGCCUGUGAGAUAAUCGACAAGCAAGAGUUCCCGUCGACAUGGAGCCCCCGCGAAAGACGCACAUGAAGCGCGUGCUUCUUCGUCCCAAUUUUUACCGAGAACAUACGUGAUGUAGUUACUGUACAGUACAUGUAACAGGGGAGGGAAAAAUGCACCUAGAUCGAUUGAUAACUACAACCUUUGGCUGAUGGUGGGUAAUAUAAUCAUUACUCAGCUCUGUCCUUUCGAGUCGGGCCGGCCGGCUUUCGGGUUCUUGCUCUGCCAGGCCUCGUGAAAAUAAAACCAAUUCCUUGUGGUGUUCACUGUUGCCUGGAGGCCGGAACCAGUGCUUUAUCUUUAUCCUACUACAGCGUAGUUGCUAGUCCAACACCGGCUCCCAGCGAUUUCGUCCCACGUUUCACGGAGAUUUUCAACCUCUAGCCGAUUUCCAAUAAUACAAACUGAAUUUUUUUAUUUUUUAUUUUUAUUUUUACUUUUAUUAAAAAAACGCCGGAAACAAAACAUGACAGCUACAGGUUCAGGACCUCUCGGAUGCUCUCGUCUCCUCCGGCCCUCAUCUCAGCGUUCACCCCUGCCCCCUGCUGUCAGCCAUCGCCUUGUCACGUAGGCUUCAUACAUGGUCGCCAGUGGUAUCCCGAGGUGAGAGUACCAGCGAGCAUGAUCCGUAAAACCGAUUGAGCACUCAGCGGUGGCAUAUAUUUGACAAAUAUCACGUUUUGGCCUGGUGAAAAUCAAUCGCGAGCAUGGCGAACGUGGAAAGAAAGGAAACUCUAGGAUUGGGCCAAUUUCCCUGGGUCUGGGGGCGCUGAGACCAACCGGGACUGACUUUUACCGCCAUCCGAUUGGAUCCCCCCCCCCUACUACUCUUCUGCCAUCCUAACUUCUCUGAAGAUAUAUAUAUAUUCCUCCCUUUUUUUCCUCUUAUCUCUCGUUAAACUUUUCUUUCCCUUUUUAUGUUUUACUUUCUUUUAGAUUUUAUAGAUCCUGUCGGCCUUUCUUGUCUUUCCUUUUUUAGAACUUUAUUUUCCCCUUUAUUCCUGUACUAUUUCUAUAUAAUUAAACUGGGCCCAUAUCUUCCCCACAUAGUCGCAAGACAUAUCUUACUCUGCCUUAACUCUGUACAUCUAACGGAUUCCCACACAUAAUCGACAACAGACUCCCGUCCAAAACCUCAAAAAGGAUCGAAUCAUUUCAACCGUGCUAACAACAGCAUACGAGUCCGCAUCGCCAGUGAAAAUGGCGAAGCGGGGUCGCAACGAUAGCAUUUGCAGUGAUGAGACUGCGCGAGAUAUUGAUACGCCCAAGGGAGAGGACGAUAUACAAAGCCUUGCGAAACAAUUAACUCGCCAGUCCACUAAUAUCUCGUCGUUGGAACCUCACAACCCAUUUAUCGCCCCAGAAAAGGAUGGUACACUUGAUCCUAACAGCCCCAAUUUCAACGCAAAGGCAUGGAUGAAGAACCUGCUAGCCUUGCAGUCACGAGAUCCUGACAGAUAUCCCCGCCGCACCGCUGGGUUUGCGUUUAGGGAUCUAAACGUACACGGAUUUGGAAAGCCCACUGACUAUCAAAAGGAUGUGGCCAACGCACCCUUGGAAAUCGGGAACCUUUUCCGUGCCGUUACAGGGACGGGGAAGCAUAGAAUCCAGAUUCUUCGGAAUUUUGCCGGUCUUGUGAAUGAUGGAGAGAUGCUCGUCGUCUUGGGUAGACCUGGAAGUGGAUGUUCGACCUUUCUGAAGACGAUUGCUGGCGAGAUGAAUGGUAUUUAUCUCGGUGACGAUUCAUAUAUCAACUACCAAGGCAUCCCAAUCAAGCAAAUGCACAAGCAGUUCCGUGGCGAGGCUAUCUAUACAGCGGAGACCGAUGUUCAUUUUCCUCAAUUGACUGUCGGGCAAACGUUGGAUUUUGCUGCCCGCGCAAGAGCUCCAGCAAACCGAAUCCCUGGAGUUACGCGCGAACAAUAUGCUACUCACGUGAGAGAUGUGGUCAUGGCUUCGUUUGGCCUCAGCCAUACAAUUAAUACAAAUGUCGGAAACGAUUUCAUUCGGGGUGUCAGCGGUGGAGAACGCAAACGUGUGAGUAUUGCAGAGGCUUGCCUAAGUCAGGCACCUUUGCAAUGCUGGGACAACAGUACUCGUGGGUUGGAUUCUGCAAACGCUUUGGAAUUCUGCAAGACUCUACGUCUGUCUACGGAUUACAUGGGAGCCACUGUUUGCGUUGCAAUCUACCAGGCUUCUCAAAGUGCUUAUGAUCACUUUGACAAAGUUACCGUUCUUUAUGAGGGCCGUCAAAUCUAUUUCGGACGAACAGAUGAGGCGAAGCAGUUCUUCGUGGAUAUGGGCUUCGAAUGCCCCGAGAGACAAACAGCUGCGGAUUUCUUAACGUCUUUGACUAGCCCUGUAGAGCAUGUUAUCCGACCGGGCUUCGAAGGCAGAACACCUAGAACACCCGACGAAUUUGAGGCGGCCUGGAAAAACAGCGCGGCAUAUGCCAAACUCCUGCGGGAUAUUGAAGACUAUGAGACCCGAUACCCAGUCGGAGGACCGUCUGUGGACAAAUUUAUCGAGUCCCGCAAGGCACAGCAAGCAAAGUCCCAACGAGUGAAAUCUCCAUAUACCUUGUCGGUUAGCCAACAGAUUGGCCUCUGCGUGCACCGCGGUUUCCAACGGUUGCGUGGGGACAUGUCGUUAACUUUGUCAGGUUUGAUCGGCAAUUUCUUCAUGUCCUUGGUUCUUGGAAGUGUUUUCUAUAACCUUAACGAAACGACUGAGAGUUUCUAUCGCCGUGGCGCGUUACUUUUCUUUGCUAUAUUGAUGAGCGCUUUCGCUUCCGCUCUUGAGAUUCUAACACUGUACGCGCAACGUCCCAUUGUCGAGAAACAUGCCAGAUAUGCUCUCUACCAUCCCUUUGCAGAAGCUAUAUCCUCCAUGCUUUGCGACCUGCCCUACAAAUUCCUUAAUUCGAUAACGUUCAACCUGCCGAUCUAUUUCCUGUCCAAUCUUCGUCGAGAGCCCGACGUCUAUUUUGUGUUCUGGCUCUUUACAUUCAUCACCACCUUGGCUAUGUCUAUGAUCUUCCGUACCAUCGCUGCUUCUUCCCGAACACUCGCCCAGGCAUUGGCUCCGGCCGCCGUUCUCAUUCUUGGUCUCGUUAUCUACACCGGCUUCGCCAUUCCCACUCGCAACAUGUUAGGCUGGGCGCGGUGGAUGAACUAUGUUGACCCCGUUGCAUAUGCCUUCGAAGCGCUCAUGGUCAAUGAGUUCCAUAACCGACAAUUUGAGUGUGCUGGGUUUAUUCCCUCUGGCGGAGAGUAUGAUAGCUAUCCCCUGGAAAAUAAAGUCUGCGCCACUGUUGGUUCCAUUGCUGGCUCAAGCCGUGUUGAUGGUGACUUGUAUCUCCGUCUAAGCUUUCACUAUGAGUAUAGCCAUAUCUGGAGGAAUCUGGGAAUAAUUUUCGGGAUUAUCUUUUUCUUCAUGUUCACAUACUUAUUCGCUACUGAGUACAUCUCGGAGGCCAAAUCUAAGGGUGAAGUACUACUCUUUCGCAAGGGUUAUCAACCGAAAAAGGCCAAGAGUUCUGAUAUCGAAGCGUCUCCACCGACAACCUCUGGAGAGAAGUCCUCCGGAUCAAGCUCCCAGGGUGUUUCGGCGUCAAUCCAAAAGCAGACUGCCGUCUUUCAAUGGAGAGACGUUUGCUAUGAUAUCAAGAUCAAAAAGGAAGAGAGGCGUAUUCUUGACCAUGUCGACGGCUGGGUUAAGCCCGGCACCUGCACUGCGCUCAUGGGUGUCUCUGGCGCCGGUAAAACUACACUCCUUGAUGUCCUCGCCACUCGUGUCACUAUGGGCGUUGUCAGUGGUGAGAUGCUUGUCGAUGGGCAGCCCCGGGAUGAAUCAUUCCAGCGCAAAACUGGUUACAUCAUGCAACAGGAUCUCCACGCUGCGACAACGACUGUGCGAGAGGCAUUGAAUUUCAGCGCGAUGCUGAGACAGCCUGCUAGUGUACCACGUGCAGAGAAACUCGCCUAUGUAGACGAAGUGAUCAAAUUGCUUGAAAUGGAAGAUUACGCUGAUGCUGUUGUCGGUGUUCCCGGUGAAGGUCUAAACGUUGAGCAACGCAAGCGACUAACUAUUGGAGUUGAACUCGCGGCCAAACCACAACUUCUGUUGUUCCUUGACGAGCCAACAUCGGGUCUUGAUAGUCAAACUUCCUGGUCUAUCUUGAAUCUUCUUGACACGCUUACCAGGCACGGCCAGGCGAUUCUAUGCACAAUCCAUCAGCCUUCUGCUAUGCUUUUCCAACGUUUCGACCGCCUGCUUUUCCUUGCUAGCGGUGGAAAGACAGUGUAUUUCGGUGAUGUCGGCGAGCGGUCGUCUAUCUUGUCCAGUUAUUUCGAAAGAAAUGGUGCUUCUCCCUGCCCUCCAGAUGCGAACCCUGCUGAAUGGAUGUUGGAAGUCAUCGGUGCUGCCCCAGGAUCUAAGAGUGACAUCGAUUGGCCUGAAGUAUGGCGUAACAGCCCCGAACGAAUAGCAGUUCAUGUCCACCUGGACGAGCUCAAGUCUAUACACUCUGAGAAAGGACAAGUUGAACUAGCCAAUCGCAAUCCGGAAGAUUAUCGUGAAUUCGCUGCGCCUUUCAGUGUCCAGGUAUGGGAGUGCAUAGUCCGAGCGUUCUCCCAGUACUGGCGCUCGCCAACCUAUAUCUACUCCAAAACCGCAUUGUGUUCCCUCUCUGCGCUUUUCAUCGGUUUCUCCUUUUUCAACGCGAAAACCAGUCUGCAAGGUCUUCAGAACCAGAUGUUCUCUGUUUUUAUGUUGAUGACCAUCUUUAGCAACCUGUGUCAACAGAUCAUGCCCAGUUUCGUAGCUGCACGUGCACUUUAUGAAGCUCGCGAGCGCCCGUCCAAGUCAUAUUCCUGGAAGGCAUUCAUGAUAGCUAACAUCUUUGUCGAGCUUCCAUGGAACACACUUAUGGCCGUCAUCAUCUUUGCAUGCUGGUACUAUCCCGUCGGCAUGUUCAAGGUCAUCCCAAGUGACGUUGUCAACGAACGCAGCGGCCUCAUGUUCCUGCUUGUUCUCACAUUCCUGCUCUUCACCUCCACGUUCUCCCAUCUUGCCAUCGCAGGUAUUGAAGUCGCCGAGACAGGCGCCAACCUUGCCAACCUUCUCUUCAUGUUUUGCCUGGUCUUCUGCGGUGUCCUCGCCACCAAGGAAGCUCUACCCGGUUUCUGGAUUUUCCUCUACCGUCUUUCGCCCUUCACCUAUCUCGUGUCCGCCAUGCUCUCAACCGCCCUCUCAGGCGCGGAUAUUAUCUGCGAACCUGUCGAAUUUCUCCGCUUCAACCCGGUCGCUAACCAGACCUGCGAACAAUAUAUGGCAGCAUUCAGGGAAACAUAUCCUCCCAGGGGAUACCUGGAAAACCCCCUAGCGACCUCAGACUGUGGCUUUUGCCCCAUGGAGAAGACUGAUACCUUCCUUGCGGGUAUUAAUAGUUAUUACUCUGAAGCGUGGCGGAAUUUUGGCCUCAUGUGGGUGUAUAUUGUGUUUAAUAUUGCUUGUGCGGUGUUUAUUUACUGGCUCACACGGGUUCCUAAGGGAGCGAAGGCGAAGGGACCAGCUGCGUGAGCUUUUCCUAUAUUCUUAAUAUAUAUCUUUUUUUAUUUUUUUUGUCUGUCUAUUGAAUUUUUCCAUUUUCCAUUUUCCAUUUUCUUUUUUUCCAUUCCUUUUUUCUUCCCUCCUCUCUUUGUUUUUAUUUACCAUCCGGUUGAGCGGAGGACCUUUGUCAAAAGCACAGAAUAAUAGUGUUAUUUUCAAGCGCGUCAAAUUUAGAUAUAAUAUAGAUGGCAUAAGUGUAGAGCCCUCUGUUGGAGACGAUAAAGGCAAGCAAAUCAGUACAUAUGGAUUUAUUUAGCCUUCCAUUCCCCUCGCUCCCUUUCUCCUUAUGGUAAUUAUUCGUGACCCCGAAUGCUGGAUAUCUCCUUUUGGGCGACCAGUUUCUCUCUGAUUUUCAUUUUCUGGCAAUGACUAUACGUCGCAAUAAGAGACUAACGAGCGGGAAGAACAGGAAAAAUAUACUAAGAAUGAAAAGCAAGCAUUGACAAAUGGGAUCUUUGCUUGAUCUCAACAUACGGAGCAUUGAUACGGAUAAUCUUGUGGAGUCAGGGGCCGUUAGUUAAUUAAUUAGGGUUGAUCGGCGGUAACUAGUCUUAGUAAGCCACAUAGUUAGCUAGUUAGUUACACCUGGGGAAUAAAAG